AUUAUUUUAUGUUAAACACAAGAUAAUAAAUUUAUACUCGUCAAUUCACCUGAUUGAAAAGUCAUUAAUUUAUUUGGACUGUGGAACGAUAAUAUUCUAUAUUAGAACGUGCGGUAACAUUCUUUUCAUAUUCCCAAUACAAAAACAAGAGAUAAUCAAGGAUCGAUUCGUGACAAAUCAUUUUUUUUGAUGCUAGGUGUAUUAUGAAACGAACAGGUGUUUACAAUCAAAAUUCGACAAUUGAUUUCAAAUUUUUUUUUAAUCCUCGCAGAAAACUGUAAUAUAAAAAACAGUGCAAAUCAUUUGUGAAAUUUUGCAUUCAAAUAAUUAAUAGUCUUAAAAAAGCGAAUUUAUUUUACCUCUACAUAAAUCAAUGGCCUUCAAAUCUUUCGUACUUUCGCAUUAGAAGGUUGUCAUGUAAUGUGCCUCUCAAAAAUGAUAAUAUUCUUCAUAGCUCAUUUAUUUUGGGUGAAUAAAAAAUAAUCUAUAUCUUACGCUAAGCGAACACGCACUUAAAUUAUCAUAACACAAUUGAAUUAAUAAAGUCGCGCAUGCCCGGUUUCAAAGAAAUACUAGUGAAAAACGGCGAAGGUGCUCUAGUUACGGGCUUCUCUCGAUCGCCUUCUCCUUACACUACGGCUUUUUACCCGUCACGGCAAAAGCCAGAAAGGGAUCGAGAAACGCGUGGUAACCAGGGGGAAUUUCCUGAGAUAGUAAUCCCAGGCGAAAUUAUCAAAGAUCGAUGGCGCGUAACGCGUAAGAUAGGUGGAGGAGGUUUUGGGGACAUUUACGAGGCUGUGGACGUGACCUCCGCAGCUGGGACGAGCGAAGAUCAUGUAGCUAUCAAGGUGGAACCAGCACGGGACUCAGGGUCUUCUAUCAACGGUGGCACGCCUGCCUGCAAACAGGUCCUUAAGAUGGAAGUGUUUGUAUUGAAGCGACUUCAGGGUCGGCCUAACUUUUGCCGCCUGCUCGGGUGCGGUCGUAACGAUCGCUUUAGUUACAUGGUCAUGUCUCUUCGUGGUGGCAAUCUAGCCCAUCUACGUCGGUUGAGACCAGGUGGUGCUUUCUCUCCUGCUACCUGUGCUAAUGCGGGCCUUCAAAUGUUGCGAGCUCUUCGCGAUGUGCAUGAGGCAGGUUUUUUGCAUCGCGAUGUUAAGCCUUCUAACUUUGCCGUCGCUGCUCCCAACUUUGAUUCGACUAGGGAACGACGUCGCAAGCGUGAUUCCUCGUGUCACCACUCUUCCCGCGACUCAGGUUUUAAUUAUCCCGCCUCGGAUAAGGACGGCCGUGAAGAAGACACAGAAAUUAAUAAAGAAAAAUUGGUCGGAAAUGGAAGUCGAGACCGAACCAUAUAUGCGAUUGAUUUUGGACUGGCCCGGCAAUACGUAGACUCAUUUGGUCAAGUGCGUCCACCAAGACAGGCUGCCGGUUUUCGAGGCACUGUCCGAUAUGCAUCCGUAAACGCUCAUCACAACAAAGACCUCUCGCGCCGCGACGACAUUUGGUCCCUGUUUUACGUUCUAGUGGAAUUCGCAUUAGGCAACUUGCCAUGGCGCAAAGUCCGUGACAAAGAUGCCGUUGCCCGCAUCAAGGAGACCUUUGAUUUUGGGGCCGCACUACGUCGCGGCGAAGCCUUUCCUGAACUGGCACAGUUUCACGAAUAUCUGACAACUUUGGACUCAUACUACGACAUCCCCGAUUAUUCCCAUCUCCGUUCGCUUCUCUUAGCUUGGAGAGACCGCAUAGGAGAUACUCCCCACACCCCCUACGAUUGGGAGAGACGAUCUCUUUCAAAAUCUCCUAAUCACAACCACACCAAAUUGUCAGUCGAUAUCAUCAAAAAUAAAAACGGGGAUGACCUCAAUCAAAGACUUUCGUCUCCACCCACACGAAACGAACUUAGGGUCGAUUCCCAUCUUUCAACUGCUGUUUAUCGCCAACGUGGCAAAACCGCUCCAAACUUUUCGGCUACCCACGUCAUCAUUAAACCCAAACACGAUAAGCCACCCGAAACCAGCGAACUGCGUGAGUAUUUUAUGGAAUCUCCGGAUUCCAACGAGAUAAUUAUCCCUAUUACCAACUUCGAGCGGUGGAAAGUCAACCAUGACAGCGCGGAGAAUCGAAUUUUUACUAAUUCUACCAAUUAUCAUAAAAAAGUCAAAUCUAAAUCGGUUCCGGCGGAUGGCAACGGUUUUAAUAUUCCUCUAAUAAAUACUAUCGCUCCUCCCAUUUCUCCACCUGUACCCACUACUAAAUUGAUUUCGCAUAACUACGUAGUAAAUAACGCGUGGAUUCACUCCCGAAUGAAACCUCACUGCGAUAUGGGUGAUGAUAACCCGUUUCGUUCCGCUCUUUAUACCAUUCCUUCUCUGCUACACCCCAGUAAAACAAGCGGCGCGCCAGCCCCGGAUUCGGGUAAAGGUGAAAGCUCGGCCGCUCAUUCCGUUGCCUCUUCAACGCCCGCAGCAGCAAUAAAGUGGAAACUGCCUAAACAAGAAGGUACUUCCGAAGAGCCCAGCGAUUAUGAUAACAAACACGUUAAUCGCCCUUUACUACCCAAAAUAGUAAUGAUGGAUGAAAACGAGAAAAAAGAUAGCCACUUUGAAAGGGAUUCACGAAAUGGACCAGAAGAUGGAAGGUUUACCGACAAAGAUGCGUUAGAAGUUUACAAUUAUUCCAACGCCAGAGACACCCGGGCCUUAGCUGAAUCGGAAAUAUAUACCUUCAAUCAAAUGACCAAAGCUCCUUCCUUAUCGCGACAGAUGCAACCAACUACACCCUCUUUACACGAUAAUUCAGGCUCGCACGUCCCCCCUUACCAUUUACCCAACAACAUGGCCACCUCCUUUUCCAGGUACGAUCAAGAUGACGUGACGAACCUAGAAUUCGGUAACAUUCUUGACGAGGACGAGGCCAAAGUGGACAUAAACUGGGAGCGGGUUACUAUAGAUCCCAGUCCAAAGUACUACAACAACUCCUACCACAAUCAUCGCCGACUGAAGCAUAAAACGAAUACCCCCCGUCAAAGACAACGCGAAUCGCAGGCCGUAGAAAAUUCAAUCGUUGAUAUGCCCGGUGAUUUAGACGAAUUAAAUUUGGGUAAAAGUGGUACAAAAAACGAUUAUAAAUCGAGGCUCACAGGUAUUCUCGACAGGUCUAAAAGCAGCCUAUGCAAUUUUAACAAAGAAUCGUCUAAAUUUAAAAAUAGUCAAGAAAAAGUUCUUUCUCCACAUCCUCCCGUUGCGCACCCUGUGCAACAGAAAAUUCCCGAUUGCUCAAACAAAAAAUGUUCCUUACCUGCGAACGCCAUCGGGAAUUCCAUAAACCUAUACAGUCCCGCAUACGAAACCAGAACCAAUUCCAUUACUUCUAAAGACGAUAUCCUAAAUUUGAUCACAAAAUCCAAUAAAAUAAGUGAUAAGAUUAAGCUUUUCAACAAAGUCGUCGGCCCAUCUAACAUUAAUCCAAACCUGAACGAGAUGGAGAACAAGAAAUUUAUGCGAUCAAAAUCUUUCGUAGCUCCUCUAAGAUAUUAUCAACAAACGGGACAGUAAUUAGACAAUUUGAUACCAAAUAAAUAAAUUUUCGCAAAUAACUUUUGUAAUGAUUAAAAAAAAUUUAAAAAUGUAAUAAAAUGUAUAAUUAUAAAAUUCUAGGUUAUCAGAUAUAUAGAAAUCCUUAUAUUCUUUAUUUAUUAAAAACGCAAUGUACAUUUUUUUUAUACA